UUCAGCUCUCACAAACGAGAGCUGCGUCUCCAUGACGUCGCCACAUUCCCACCACAGAUCUCCCUCCCUUUCAGACGCGACUCUGACCUGGCCAAAGAAACAAAAAAAAAUUAAGUUUCCCGAACACGAGCACAUCCGUCGUCCGCGACCACAGAUAAGCAUUCUUCAUCCCUUCUGCGGGUUACCCCGCACCGCGAAGAUGUCAGAUAAAUGCGUACGACCUCUCGAACAAUGUCUGUCCGCUCCAUCGUUCGCUCCACCCUGCAACGGCAGCGCCUGCUCACCAGAAAAAUGGCCACCGUCGCAGCACCCACGCACUACGACGCCAUCAUCAUCGGCUCCGGCCAGGGCGGCACGCCCCUCGCCAAGGCCUUGGCCGAGGCCCAGCACAAAACCGCCCUGAUCGAACGCGCCCACGUCGGCGGCUGCUGCGUCAACGAGGGGUGCACACCCACGAAGACCAUGAUCGCGUCUGGCAGGGUCGCGGAGCUGACGCGCCGGGGUCCGGGGUACGGGGUGCAUGUGCCGGGGUUGUCGCGGAGCGACACAGACGAAAGGGACCAGGACCAGAGCCAGAAUCCUAUUGUGAUUGAGAUGGAGCGGGUCCGGCAGCGGAAGCGGGAGAUCGUGGAGUCGUUCCGCAGCGGAGGAGAACGUCGAUUGGAGGCGGCUGGGGUCGAUGUGUUGAUGGGGGAGGCGAGCUUCGUGGAUGGGAGGACGCUGGCGGUGGCGAUGCGGGAUGGCAGCAGCAAAAUGGUUACCGGCGGGACGAUUGUGAUUAACACCGGGUGUCGGCCGUCGGUUCCGCAGAUUGAGAAUCUUGAUGCGAUUCCGGGGGACCGGGUCUUGGAUUCGACCUCGGUCAUGGAGUUGGAUCGCGUCCCCGAGCAUUUGGUGGUGGUUGGUGGCGGGUAUAUUGGGGUCGAGUUCGGGCAGCUGUUUCGGAGACUCGGGGCUAGGGUUACCAUCCUCCAUCGCGGGACGCAGCUGUUGCUGCGCGAGGAUCCGGAGCUGGCCAGGCUGCUGCUCGAUGUCUUUCGGGAAGAUGGCAUGGACGUUCUGCUGGAGACGACGCCCGUUCGUCUUCAGCCGGUCACCGACGAGGGCUUUGAUGUUUCGAUCAGGUCCAAGCAAGGUGACCGAGUCUUAAGCGGCGUCACGCAUAUCCUCUUCGCGGCUGGGCGCGUACCGAACACUGAACAGCUAAAUCUAGAUGCCGCAGGUGUUAAGAUCGACAAAAAGGGCUAUAUCGCCACCAACGAAUUUUUGGAGACAUCUGUGCCUUCCAUCUAUGCGCUGGGUGAUGUCAAAGGCCCUCCCGCGUUCACGCAUGUCUCUUACGACGACUUCCGGAUCCUCAAGUCAAGUCUCUUAGUAACCCACCCGCCAGCGGCGAAACAGUCGACGAGAGGGCGGUUGGUACCCUAUGUGGCGUUCACUGAUCCUCAGUUCGCGCAUGUGGGAUUGCACGAGCAUGAGGCACGAGAAAAAUACCCCGGCAAAAGGAUCCUCACUGCGCUGAUGCCGAUGAGCUAUGUAGCACGGGCCUUGGAGAUUGACGAGGUCAGAGGAGCCAUGAAGGCGGUCGUUGAUGGAGAGAGCAAGCUCAUCCUGGGAUUCUCAUGCUUGGGGGUCGAGGGCGGGGAGCUGAUGAGUGUCGUGCAGAUGGCCAUGGCGGGGAACUUGUCGUAUGAGAAGUUGCAAGAUGGCAUCUUUGCACAUCCCACUCUUGCAGAAUCCUUGAAUAAUCUUUGGACGUUUUUGAAGUGACUCGUUGCUGGUGGAAGUGGAUUGUUGUGUCAUUCACUGGCCAGUUGCCUCCAAAUAUAUAAGGGGUCAAGCACUGGUUCCAUGUUCUGGGUGCAUGGUGGAACUGCUGACUACCAUGGGACUUCAC